AGCAAAUACUCCAUGUGCACCCUCCCAGAAGUAAACACCCAGGAAGUCCAGCCAUGCCGGUGUCUUGCGGCUUGUGUGAGAAAAGAGCGAUGCUCAAGCGGCCCAAGACGGGUGGAGCGCUCUGUAAGGAGUGUUUCUAUAAUGUGUUUGAAGCAGAGGUUCACCAGACCAUCACCUCUGCCAGUCUUUUCAAGCGGGGAGAAACCGUUGCCAUAGCAGCCUCCGGAGGGAAGGACUCCACUGUCCUGGCACAUCUGAUGAAGCUUCUGAACGAGCGCCAUGACUACGGUCUGACCCUCUUCCUGCUGUCUGUGGACGAGGGCAUCACCGGUUACCGUGACGACUCCUUGGAGACGGUGAAGAGAAACCAGCAGCAGUAUGAGCUACCACUGAAGGUCGUGUCAUACAAGGAGCUGUAUGGCUGGACGAUGGAUGAAAUAGUGCGACAGAUUGGACUGAAGAACAACUGUACGUUCUGCGGUGUGUUCCGUCGCCAGGCGCUGGACCGAGGCGCCAUGAUGCUUGGUGUUGACAAAAUCGUUACAGGCCACAAUGCUGAUGAUGUGGCGGAAACAGUCAUUAUGAAUGUACUGCGGGGAGAUAUUGCCAGACUCCAGAGGUGCACAGCCAUUGUCACGGGCACAGAGGGGGCUAUCCCAAGGUGUAAGCCUUUCAAAUAUACCUACGAGAAGGAAAUUGUCAUGUACGCAUACUUCAAGAAGCUUGACUACUUCUCGACAGAGUGUAUCUACUCUCCCAAUGCCUACAGAGGACAUGCUAGAACCUACCUGAAGGACCUGGAGUCUAUUAGGUCCACCUCCAUUAUAGACAUCAUCCAUUCAGGAGAAUGUAUGUCUGUCAGUGUCAAGAAAGAUGUGAAAAUGCCAACACAAGGAACUUGUGCAAGGUGUGGCUACAUAUCCAGUAAUGAGUUAUGCAAGGCCUGUGUGUUGUUGGAGGGUUUGAACAAGGGGCUUCCCAAGCUGGGGAUAGGGAAACCACACAAGGCAAGACUGGCACUUGGGCUCACCAACACAACAGGCACAACUUCUACCUCUGGGUCUCAGCGCAAAGAGGGAUGCCAGUCAUGUUCAUGUCGACGUCACCCAUACGCUGUGGUUAAUGAUACUUCAGGGUGUAAGAAAGACGAUGGACACAGCAAGGACGAUCCGACAGCAACAGACUCUUCCAUUAAGCAAGAAGAACUUGGAUCAAACUUUAGUACUGUAGGAGCUGUAGGAGAUUCUGCUGCUGCCUGUGGUUGUAACAGUGAGGUACAGAAGGGACCAUGUGCCAGUACAGUGGGGGUGAAGGCUUUGUGUGGAAAAGAUGAUAGGAAUACACCAUGUGCAUGUAAGAGGGGGGAGGCUCAGACAAACAAAAAGGCCUUAGGAAACAGUCGUGCUGUGCCAGACUUGGACUUUUAGUGAUUUAGAGCUUAUCUAUGAUUUUAUGUCUUUCGUAAGUGCUGCAACUUCUUAUUUAAGUCACCAUUGUAGCUAGUCCAUGUGUAAGAUAGGAA